GCGUGUUGCGCCAAACGUAGUGUAGUGGCAAUCGCUAUAGCGCAAACUUCGCGCUAAAUAUGUGCUAUCUGUACCUUUACGACAGAAAUUACCGGACAAGCUUGUACUUAAGUACUCUCGGCACGUGUAAAGUUGCGAACCAGUGCACCGGAAAUCAGCUGACCAUAAUUUUGUGGCAAUUCUUAAAGCAAAUAUCGGUUGUGCUUUAUUAAGUACCUAACCGGUUUUAAAAGAAGUCUCCCUGUCUUUUUUAAACUUUCGAUCAAAUACCGGCUCAGCGUUUAUGUGGCGAGACCACGCGAGUGGGCAUACGAACGGAGAAUUGUCACAGGGGCAUUACGAUGUAAUAAAAUAUUUUCCACUUAGAGCAUUACUUGCAGAUAAUCAAAGUAAGUGGUUUCCGAUUUAAAAAAAUUUAGUUUAAAAUCGUUUAACUUACAUCUUACAACUUAAAAUCGCAAUAAUGGAACGCUGGAAUGGAAAAGUGGCCUUGGUAACCGGUGCAUCACAAGGAAUGGGAACGGCCAUCUGCACCGAACUGGUGGAAAGCGGAAUGAUUGUGUAUGGAUGCGGACGGAAGUUGAAUGCUCUUGAGGCUGGAAAGCUGCAUGUCCUGGUUAACGUUGCCGGUGUACUGAAGAAUUGCACAUUGCUGAACGCGGCGACGGAAGAUUGGCGCGAGAUGAUUGACGUACUAUUGCUUGCACCGGCGAUCGCUUCUCGGGAAGCGGUCAAAUUAAUGAAAAAGCACGGAAUCGACGAUGGGCAUAUCAUCAAUAUUCUGUCGGUGGGACCACAUUCCUUUCCGCCGCUCCCUUUCUUAGCAUUUCCCUGUGCGAUGAAAUGCGCUUUAUUAGCGAUUGACAAAGGCCUUCGCAAUGAGCUGCAGUUGCAGCAACAUACCGGAAUUCGCAUUUCCUCUAUUAGUCCCGGGAUGACGGAUACCAACACAUUCGACACUAUCACCGAUGAGCACCUCAAUCGAGCGCACCCUAUGAAAAUGCUGAAAGCUGAGGAUAUCGCGGAGGGUGUGAAGUAUGUUCUCAGCACACCACCGGGAUGCAAUGUCUUCGAUGUCUGGAUGCACCCAACAGGCGGCUUUUAAUCAGAUUGUGGUGCGCUUUCGUUCUUUAACGGAAUUUCGGGAAAACGAUCCUCCUGCUUCAAUGGCAAGACGUGUGUCCAACAUUUUUAUUGCGCUUAGUAGAACCAGAAUUAUUGUCAUUAAAUGUGGAUGGAAUGCAAUUAAGAUUAUUUGCAUUUCCCGUUCAUUAACAGCGCUAGUAAGAGCAUAUUUAUUUUGCGCUUGUAAUGUCCGUAAGGAGUGCACUUCCUUUCGCGCGCCGGUCUAGCCGAAACAUGAACUUAAAACGAGACUUGAUUUAAUUCUGUCGUUUGUUACUCUCAAAGUAGCGUAAAAGUU